AUGCCCCUGGCCCCUGCUGACGGUCUCCUGCUGUCUGGUGACUACGUGAAUGAAAAGCCAGGCCCAGGAUUCCAUAGUGUAACUCACCGGUCUGCGGAGAUCAACAGCGCCUCGUUGCCAAAGAAAGGAACCGGAUGCUUCCCUUCACCGGCUCCACACACUGCAUGCAAGAAAACCUCCAACUACCCAGCUGCAAACGCCCACAAGAUCUUACCACGUUUCCAGUCCAAGCAAGGCUUUAGCAAGGGAAACUCUAGCGUGUUUCAGCAACCCAUUGCUGGGAAGACUGAGAAAAUCCCCACUCCAGCACCCAAUCAAUACCGCGCCAGGAGAUUUGGAAGAGAGGACAAGGAGGGGGCACAGCUGAUCUGUAACGUUCGUGAAGUGACGUUUGAUGUUCCAGAAAACACUAGAACUAGCUGUAACCUACCCAGUUUGGGUACAGCGCUCAGGGUGGCUGCGACAGCUUUGCGCCAGUGCCACCGGUGCGGCCUUGUUUGGUAUUUACAUCCCGUUCCUGUUUGUUUGCUCGGUCACUACAGCAUCAACGAUUCCCUCAGCAGGGUGUCUCCCAAGGGUAGAACUUCUUCCUUCAAGUCAACCUCCCGCCUAACGAGGAUGGACAGAUCCACCCCGGAGCCUGCAACCUAUCAGCCACACAAACCUACCAAGGAAGCAAAGAGAACUCCUUUCAGGAACGCGCAACACGUACGGAGCUAUGCCGUUCUGCGCCACAGCGAGCAGAACUACAGCGGAGCAAAAUACUUCACAGCUAAAUCAGUCGGCAGCUGA